AAUAAAUACAGUUCUCGUGGUCUAUUGUAAUCAUAUAGAUGUUUAAACUUUUUGUUGUUUUCAUUUCAUGUAGCACUGUUUUGCUCAAAAUUGCAUUGCAUACGAGGAACUUUCGGUGAUUUCAGUGGGCCACCUUUCUGGCCGCUUGACGUUAUCAGCGGGUCUUUGGGUUUCCGUGCGUUCAUGCGUUUUCUUUUACUGUCUAUGGUUCAUGCGCGUCAUUAUCUGCUGAAAGCCCCCCGCGGAGCGUCAGUUUGCAAUACUCGCUCGCGCGCCCGUUGUUGUGUGUUUCCUAUAACAACAUUAGCUUACAGAUAACCUCAGAUAAGCAUUAGCAAUGCAGAUCAACAAGUGAAAACUUUUCGAAAGAAUUUCAGGAACGUUUCAACAACAGGUGCGUCAAAAAAAAAAAAUCAGCAGAGGAUUUUCUUGUAAUGCACUGAUCUGUACAAACGACUGAGCUCCUGGUGAACAGUAUCUACAUGAUCCUGGAAACUUUAAUGUUGUUUGGACAACAGUAGCAGAGGCAGAUAAUCUGUCAAGACAGCCAUGGCAAUAUAUGAUGUUAACAAGAGAUGGGAGGUAUAUGAGACCUCACAUAAAAGAGAUUUCAUCUAUAGACCCAUUUCAUCUAUUCCAACUCUAAGACCGAAAACAUCUGGCAAUAUCUAUAGAAAUUCAUACAAACUGGAUGAUCCGGUAGGAGCAACUGCAUACAGUGAUGAUUUCUGCUGGAAGCCUGUGUCAAAAACUACUUGCAUAAGGUCUGCCACGGCAUCAGGAAACAGAAGAAACAACCCGCAUCCAAGCCAGGCAUUCAUGGUGUGGAGGCAUUCUGCAGAUCAAAUGAAGCAUUUUGGUGCUAGUUCCCCUCUACAGCACCUGGUGACUGAGAAGGAAAUCCAAAAGGCUCUCAGUGCCCAGUAUAGCUCGACCUACAGGACUGAUUUUCUUGGAUUACCUCAAGGAAUUAUGAAGAACCAUGCAGUCUGUACACCUUUUAACCACAGCAAUGGUGUCCACUACUAUACCCAGACUGAAAUGAGACACAACUUCCGCCCACCCAAACUGAAACUUGAGCUUCUGGUGAAUAACUCUCGCUAUGGGUGCAAUAAACUGCAUGGUGUAGCAGCGAGGGGUAUUGUUCCUACAGUGACUCACAGUCACAUCAAUAACCGGGAAAACAACAAACUGGAGACCACCUACAAUAAACAUUUCGGAGAAAAUAAGGAUGUGAAGACAAUGCACAUAACCAGCUACUCUGCUGAUGGAUGUGAAGGGAAGAAUAGGGGUGUGAUCAUGCAAAACUCUUCCACACUGGAGAGGGUAUCAGCCUGGCCUGGGCCUUUAUAAAGAUGCCAUUUUGAACCAUGAAAAGCUAUAUAAAGCUGUAUGAAUAUGUGUGCAUUGCAUUUUCUUUUUUUUCUUUUCUUUUAUUAUUUAGAGUUCUGUUUUUCUUCCAGAAGAUAGAACAUUCCUGCUUUUAUGAAACUGCCUUCAUGCAUCUUUAAAUGGUGUGCUUAAUAAAAUACUGAAAUGACAACUGAUAAUAGG